AUGGCUAGGAAAAGGUCUGAAGAGACACAGAAUCAAAAGGAAGUUCGACAACAGCUGGACAGGGUCAGGACUGCUGUUAGACGGGACCAGGAGCCCGAAGACCAGAGGGAACUUAGACAACAGCUGGACAAGGUCAGGACUGCUGCUAGACGGGACCAGCAGCCCGAAGACCAGAGGGAACUUAGACAACAGCUGGACAAGGUCAGGACUGCUGCUAGACGGGACCAGGAGCCCCAAGACCAGAGGGAACUUAGACAACAGCGGGACAAGGUCAGGACUGGGAUUAGAAGGGAGCAGGAGCCCGAAAACCAGAGGGAACUUAGACAACAGCUGAAUAGGGUCAGGACUGCUGUUAGACGGGAACAGGAGCCCGGAGACCAGAGGGAACUUAGACAACAGCUGGAUAGGGUCAGGACUGCUGUUAGACUGGACCAGGAGCCUGAAGACCAGAGGGAACUUAGACAACAGCUGGACAAGGUCAGGACUGCUGUUAGACGGGAACAGGAGCCCGAAGACCAGAGGGAACUUAGACAACAGCUGGAUAGGGUCAGGACUGCUGUUAGACGGGACCAGGAGCCUGAAGACCAGAGGGAACUUAGACAAAGCUGGACAAGAAAUGAUAGUACAGUUGAACCCCGCCCCAACAAAAACCCUGAAAAACUUGACGAAUUAACUUUUAAUGCUUUUCGUCGAUUGCCACCUGAAAAUAUUUUAUCAAUUCUUUUAAAUCAUUUUCAUGUAGAUAUGCGACAGAUUAUGGUACUUGUUAGAAAAGCGUGGAUGAAAGUUAAAGAAACAACAAUAAUUAAUUGUUGGAAGAAAAUUGAGGAAAAUAGAGAAGAAUUAGUUGAAGAUAAAAAUUGCGGGGAAGAAGUCCUGAAAGAAAUAAUAACUGAAGUAAUAUCUGAAGAAAACGAAGAUCUAGUCAAAAGUCGCGAAUUUUAUAAUGGAAUUGGGACAAAGGACAAAACAACGAUAUUAGAAACGUAUGAAAUGAUGGAUAAGUUGGAAAAUGUAGCGCAAAAUACAUCUUUCGAGACACUCCAAAAAUAUUAUGAGUUCAGAUUUCAACUUGAAAAGAUUUAA